AUAUAUGAUCCCAACCAACCCCUCCUUCCUACGAUGCUACUGCAAAUUGGUUGUCUCAAUUCUCCACCAACCCCCCACCCCUUACCUACAAAUCCUUCCUACUCCCAUUAUCUCUCCUCCACCUAACUUCCUCACACACCUGCAACUAUGGAGCUCGUGACACCUGAUGUGGAGAAGAUGGGAGAAAGUGACGGGAUUAGGAGGAACUCAACCCUAAUUUGUGCGCCGAUUAUGGCGGAUACGGUGGAUCAGAUGCUGAUUCAUAUGAAUUCGGCGAAAUCGAGUGGUGCUGACUGUGUGGAAAUCCGAUUGGAUAGCUUGAAAGUGGUUAAUGCUCGUGAGGAUAUUCAAACCCUAGUUAAACUUAGUCAGCUUCCAACGAUUUUCACUUACAGGCCAACAUGGGAAGGUGGUCAAUAUGAUGGGGAUGAACAGAGUCGAUUGGCAGCUCUUCGGUUAGCAAUGGAGUUAGGAGCGGAUCACAUUGAUGUUGAGCUUAAGGCUGUUGAUGAUUUCAACAAUUUAAUCCGUGGAGAUAUGCCUACAAAAUGCAAGCUCAUUGUUUCUUCCCACAAUUAUCAAAACACUCCGUCAGUAGAAGACCUCGGGAACCUUGUGGCCAGAAUACAAGCAACAGGGGCUGACAUUGUGAAGUUUGCAACAACUGCUGUAGAUAUAACCGAUGUCGCACGAGUUUUUCAAAUAACUGCUCAUUCUCAAGUUCCGAUAAUAGCAAUGGUGAUGGGUGAGAAGGGUUUGAUGUCUCGAGUACUGUGCCCAAAAUUCGGUGGAUACCUAACGUUUGGUACCGUUGAAGAUGGAAAGGUGUCUGCCCCCGGGCAGCCUACAAUUAGGGAUCUUUUGGAUUUGUUCAAUUUCCGACAAUUAGGGCCAGACACCAAAGUAUUUGGUAUUAUCGGGAAGCCCGUUGGGCAUAGCAAAUCACCUCUGUUAUACAAUAAAGCUUUCAGAUCAGUUGGUUUUAAUGGAGUCUAUGUACAUAUGUUGGUGGAUAACGUAAAGAAUUUUCUUGAAACUUACUCGUCUACAGAUUUUGCUGGGUUCAGUUGUACGAUUCCUCACAAAGAGAGUAUAGUUCAAUGUUGUGAUGAGGUUGAUCCGAUUGCAAAGUCAAUAGGAGCAGUCAAUUGCGUUAUCAGGAGACAAAAUGACGGGAAGCUAUAUGGUUGCAAUACAGACUAUGUAGGAGCUAUUUCUGCUAUCGAGGAUAGCCUACGAGGUUCAGGUGUUCAAAAUGGUGCAAGUGGGUCACCAUUGGCUGGUAGACUAUUUGUGGUUAUUGGUGCGGGUGGUGCUGGAAAAGCACUUGCUUAUGGAGCAAAAGAGAAGGGUGCAAGGAUUGUGAUUGCCAACCGGACUUAUGAUCGUGCUAGAGAACUGGCUGAGAUAAUCGGUGGAGAGGCUCUCACUCUUGCUGAUUUGAACACUUACAAACCAGAAAAUGAUAUGAUACUUGCAAACACUACAUCAAUUGGUAUGCAGCCAAAUAUUGACGACACUCCUAUUUCAAAGGAAGCUUUGAAGUCAUACGCACUGGUAUUCGAUGCUGUUUACACACCAAAAAUUACGAGGUUGCUUCGGGAAGCAGGAGAAUGUGGUGCGUUAGUUGUAACAGGGGUGGAGAUGUUUAUAGGGCAGGCAUAUGAACAAUAUGAGAGAUUUACAGGGUUACCUGCACCUAAGGAAUUAUUUAGGGAUAUUAUGGCAAAUUAUUGAUUGUUUUGGUUAUACACCUAGGGUUAAGGAUGUGUGGACUGUGGGAUUGCUUAUGCGCUUCGAAAUAAGCACAUUCAAUAGAAGUGUUUAUGAUUUACUAAUGUUAAACACAAGCCAUAUGGUCCAACGAUAGCCCCAUGGCUUUCCUUAUGAGAGGUCGUGGAUUGGAGUCUCGCCCACCCGGGGUUUUUCCCAAUUGUGGUUUCUUUCUGGGCAGGUGGGCUGGGUCACUACGUUAUGUUCUUCUGACGGAAGGGGGCCAGGGUGAUUCCAGGUGUCCGAGUCUUUGCUGUUAAAAAAAUCACAUAAAUUAUUAUUAGAUGUUAAUAAAAUGUUCAUUUUAU